AUGGCGAAGCUGGUCGACCCGCGUUAUUUGACAGCAUCGGAUACUAUUGGCGUACAGGAUUGUUUAUUGUGGGAAAAAAUAGAGGUAGACGCAGAUAGGGACAAGGCGGCUGUGGACCUGUCGCAGUGGUUUGACUUGGACCGGUUCUGUUUGGAUCAGGACGUCGAAGAUGGAAUAGAUGGGGAGGGGUUCGAGCCGGGUAAAGAUAUGACUGCUUUGAAGAGAGACUCUCUGUACUGA